GUAAAUUAAUUCGGUUGGAUUCAUUGUUUGCUGAUCCCAUAAAAAGCUUAUCUUGUUUUAUGGUUAUUGAGUUCAAAGAUCAUGCACAUGGACAUCGUUCGAUUUGCCUCAUACUAAGUACUUGCUAAUUGAUCGUUAUCAACAUAAAAUAUUGGAUGCAUUUUAAAGCGGAUACAUACAAUCCCAGUGCAGCAGUAGUCUCAGUUCUCUAACCGAGAUCAUCUAUCACGCAGAAAAAUAAUAUCAUAAACGUGUCGUAAAAAUAAUUGUAUUUAAAGACUUCAUUUAAAAUCAAUUUUGUUAUCAAUGUCGUUGUGCCCACACUUUUUACCAGAAUAUUUCUGCAAAGUGCACGAAGUUCUGGUUGCAUUUCAUCCACAAAUCUCUCAAACGCCGAUUCAUGAGAUAAGUAGUCGAUUAGUAGCACGGAAUGUAAUUACUGAAAAUGAGUAUUACGACAUUUUGCUGGUUAAUACCAAUUGUCUCAAGUCUGAAAAGCUAAUCAAUAUCAUUUCAAAACGGUUACCAGGUUUUGAAUGUUUCGUUUUGAUUUUGAUGGAAGAAAAUUACCAGUCCUGGUUAUCCGAGGAGCUAUUUAAUGCAUACAUUCGUCAUGUAGUCGAACACAUAAAGCGAUUAAAGAGUUCCAAGAAAUGUACAUGUCCUUCUUCUGCAUCCGAAUCAGAAUGGAAUCUUUUCGCCACUGUCAAGAACAAGCUUGCAAAUGCUGCAGAAGCAGUUGACCAUUGUUUAUAUAAUGUUGGAACCUCCAUGGGUUUUAUGGAUCAGACGAUUUUCCCAACUAAAAAUUUUUUGGAGCCCAUUAAUAAAAGACUGCCAUUUUUAGUAAGAGGUGGGAUGAGUUCGGAAACGAAUAUUCAGAAAAUCUUGGACCAUCCCAAGAAUGAAUGUACGGUCAUCUCCCCAAUCGAAAAUAUGUUAGAGCCGUCUAUUACUGUCGUAAAUAUCUGCAAGGUCGAGGAAGUAGAAAAUUUAGAUUGUGCUAUUAAUGCAAAUAAUAAUGAUGUCCAGAUUUUGGAAGAAAACGAGCGCACAUCAACUCAUGAUGAUAUUGGUGACGGGGACGACAACGUUGAUUUAAUAAUGGUCAGUGCUCAAGAACUUUCCAAAAAUUCUGCUAGAAUUCAUGGCUGGACAGCAAGGUCGAGCGAAGAUUUUAACCCGGAUAGCAAAUCAAAUUCUAGAACGCAUCAGGGAAAUUGGAGCCCUUGUAAUGAUCUGGAAUGGGAUAAUUAUGACAUGGUGACAAACAGCCUUAUUCAGAGCCAAAAGUAUACUUCAUCAGCACCCUCUGAAAAACCAAUUGCGUUGGAUAUAUGCCAACAAAGUCUUUCGUCUCCAUCAACGAAACAAUUGCAACGUAAAUUUGGGAAGAACGAGUCUCAGAAAAAUCCCACGUCCCCGGAUGUACGGUUCAACAGGUUGACUAGUAAAAGAGGGGCACGGACACCAGCCGCUUUAAAUACCACGAGCAGACCAAGAAUUUCUCCCUCGGAUUAUGCUACUGUUCAAAAGUCAAUUGAAUGGUGCAAUAAAACUUACAAGUAAUAAAGGCUGAAAUAAAGAUAACUUGACUGUACAAUACAUAUGUACACAGGUGUAAUUACUAAUUAGAUGUUGUGAUAAAAUCUCUGUAAUAUUUAAACGUGGGCACUUCCAGAAAUAUUAAGAUCAACACCAGAUCAAAAAUACUAUCGAGAAAUAAUUCAACUGAACUGACAAAAUAAUAUAAAUAAAAAAUAAAUAUCUAGUAUUGACAAAUGUUUAACUAACAAGAGCACAGUCCAAGAUGUGCCUGUCUUAAAUGUUCCGGUUUUAACUCUGGCUUUGGUUAUUAAAUUAAUGUUAGGUAAGAAAAA